CGCGUUUCGGCGGGUUCCGUUAAAAUGGCGCCUUUCUUGCCGGCGCUGCCCGCGGGGCCUUAGCCUGUGGGGGCACCGGGAGCCCGCGGGGCGCGGGGAAGACGCCGGCGGCCGGGUCUCCGGGGUGCGCCAGGCUCAGGGCAGAGUGGGCGAGGGCCGGGGGCUCCGCGGGGCCCCCGCUGGCAGGUCCGGGCUAGGAUGGCGACCCCGGACCAGAAGUCUCCGAACGUCCUGCUGCAGAACCUGUGCUGCCGGAUCCUGGGCAAGAGCGAAGCCGACGUGGCCCAGCAGUUCCAGUAUGCCGUGCGAGUCAUCGGCAGCAACUUUGCCCCAACUGUUGAAAGAGAUGAGUUUCUAGUAGCUGAAAAAAUCAAGAAAGAACUUACUCGGCAGAGACGGGAAGCCGACGCGGCGCUCUUUUCGGAACUGCACAGGAAGCUUCACUCGCAGGGAGUUUUGAAAAAUAAGUGGUCCAUUCUCUACCUCUUGCUGAGCCUUAGUGAAGAUCCCCGCAAGCAGCCGAGCAAGGUCUCCGGCUUCGCUGCCUUGUUCGCUCAGGCGCUCCCGCGGGACGCCCACUCCACUCCCUACUACUACGCCCGGCCGCAGUCUCUGCCCUUGAACUACCAGGAGCGCGGCGCGCCGUCGGCCCAGAGCGCGGGCAGCGCGGGCAGCAGUGGCGUCAGCAGCCUGGGCACCUACGCCCUCAACGGCCCGACCCCGCCGCCGCCGCCGCCCGCCCUCCUCCCCGGGCAGCCCCUCCCGGCUCCAGGAGUGGGCGAUGGUCUUCGGCAGCAGCUGGGCUCCCGCCUGGCGUGGACUCUGACCGCCAGCCAGCCGUCCUUGCCGUCCACUACCUCGAAAGCUGUCCCCAGCAGCGGCUCGCGCGGCGCGGCGCGGCCGAGGCGAGAAGGGGAUGCUGCUGCUGGUGCCGUGGAGGUUACGGAGGCGGCCCUGGUCAGAGACAUUCUGUACGUCUUCCAGGGCAUAGACGGCAAGCAUGUCAAGAUGAGCAACGCUGACAACUGCUACACAGUGGAGGGAAAGGCAAACCUGAGUAAGUCUCUUAGGGACACGGCGGUCAGACUUGCGGAGUUGGGGUGGUUACACAAUAAGAUCAGGAAGUACACGGACCAGAGGAGUCUGGACCGGUCCUUUGGACUCGUAGGUCAGAGCUUCUGCGCGGCGCUGCACCAGGAGCUCAGGGAGUACUACCGCCUGCUCUCCGUCCUGCACUCCCAGCUGCAGUUAGAGGACGAUCAGGGGGUGAAUCUGGGCCUCGAGAGCAGCCUGACGCUGCGGCGCCUCCUGGUUUGGACGUAUGACCCCAAGAUGAGGCUGAAGACCUUAGCGGCCCUGGUGGACCACUGCCAAGGAAGGAAGGGGGGCGAGCUGGCCUCCGCCGUGCACGCCUACACCAAGACGGGGGACCCGUACGCGCGGUCGCUGGUGCAGCACAUCCUCAGCCUGGUGUCACACCCCGUCCUCAGCUUUCUGUACCGCUGGAUCUACGACGGGGAGCUGGAGGACACCUACCAUGAGUUUUUCGUGGCAUCGGACCCGGCGGUCAAGGCGGACCGGCUGUGGCACGACAAGUACGCCCUGCGGAAGCCCAUGAUCCCCUCGUUCAUGACCAUGGACCAGUGCAGGAAGGUCCUUUUGAUAGGAAAAUCGAUAAACUUCCUGCACCAGGUCUGUCAUGACCAGACGCCCACUGCAAAGAUGAUAGCUGUGACCAAGUCUGCAGAAUCACCCCAGGAUGCUGCAGAUUUAUUCACAGACUUGGAAAAUGCAUUUCAGGGGAAAAUUGAUGCGGCUUAUUUUGAGACCAGCAAGUACCUCCUGGAUGUUCUCAAUAAAAAGUACAGCUUGCUGGACCACAUGCAGGCCAUGCGGCGGUACCUGCUUCUCGGCCAAGGGGACUUCAUCAGGCACCUGAUGGACCUGCUCAAACCAGAACUUGUCCGUCCAGCGACGACUUUGUAUCAACACAACCUGACGGGUAUCCUUGAAACGGCUGUCCGAGCCACCAACGCCCAGUUUGACAGCCCUGAAAUCCUCAAAAGGCUGGACGUCCGGCUGCUGGAGGUCUCUCCGGGUGACACUGGCUGGGAUGUCUUCAGCCUGGACUACCACGUCGAUGGCCCCAUUGCAACGGUGUUCACCCGGGAGUGUAUGAGCCACUACCUGAGAGCCUUCAACUUCCUGUGGCGGGCCAAGCGGGUGGAGUACAUCCUCACGGACAUCCGCAAGGGGCACAUGUGCAACGCCCGGCUCCUGAGGAGCAUGCCCGAGUUCUCCGGGGUGCUGCACCACUGCCACAUCCUGGCAUCCGAGAUGGUCCAUUUCAUCCACCAGAUGCAGUAUUACGUGACCUUCGAGGUGCUCGAGUGCUCCUGGGACGAGCUGUGGAACAGAGUGCAGCGGGCACAGGACCUGGACCACAUCAUCGCCGCGCACGAGGCCUUCCUGGGCACUGUCAUCUCCCGCUGCCUGCUGGACAGCGACUCCCGGGCGCUUUUAAACCAGCUCCGAGCUGUGUUCGAUCAGAUCAUCGAGCUGCAGAAUACUCAGGAUGCCAUUUACAGGGCCGCCCUGGAGGAGCUGCAACGACGCCUGCAGUUUGAGGAGAAGAAGAAGCAGCGUGAAGCUGAGGGCCAGUGGGGAGUGACCGCUGCCGAGGAAGAGCAGGAGAAGAGGCGGGUGCAGGAGUUCCAGGAAUCUAUCCCUAAGAUGUGCUCCCAGCUGCGUAUCCUGACGCACUUCUACCAGGGCGUCGUGCAGCAGUUCCUGGUGUCACUGACGACCAGCUCCGACGAGAGCCUGCGCUUCCUGAGCUUCAGGCUGGACUUCAACGAGCACUACCGGGCACGGGAGCCCCGGCUGCGCGUGUCCCUGGGCACCAGGGGCCGCCGCAGCUCCCACACGUGAGGCGCCCGCCCGCCUCCUCCCGCGGCCACGCAGCCCUGCCUCGGAUCUGCCGCGGGGCCAGACGGCUUGUCCACGUCGGAGGCGAAGGUGUCCGCAACAUCACUGCGCUAGACAGGCUGGCUGCACUGUUCAGAGUUAUGUUUAAAGUCUUCGUAUUUAAAAUAUUCCACACUUUGUUGAGGCUUCUUCAGCCGUCCACGAUAUAUCUGCCCCUUUUUAAAAAAUCUUCAUUUCUUUUAGAGAAAAUUAGGGCGAUGGAUAUUCAUUCAUCAGUUAAGACGGUAGAUGUCAGUGCUAUUUUUUUAACAUCCUCUUUAGAGAUACGUUUUGUUAAUAUGAUAAAUGAAAUGGAACCUGAAUGUCCCUACUAAGAAAACUAUUAUAUAGAGCACUUUAUUUUGUUUUUUAGUGUAAAAUAUUAACCUCUGUAAGGACCUUUCUAUCUCAGUGCAUUUUCAUGUUUGUCUUUUUUUCUCUUCCUUCAAAGUUUACAUUUUUAUAUUUAAUUUACUCUCUUAGAUCACUUGGAAAAUAGUGUAGAAAAAGAGCAGGUGUGACGUAGAACAAAACAUCCUGAAGCCUGGAUUUCUUGAACCAUCAGCUGAAUCAGCAUGUAAAUAUGAAUGACUAGAAAGCUGAUGAAGUAUUUUAUUUUCAAAAUUCUGAUAAGCGUUGGAGAGCAGCUGACUUGAAUAAUGAAGAUUCUCUUUUUCCUUUGCCUAUUUUUUCAUUGUAAAUAUUUGUAUACUAUUGACCAGAUGUUGGGGGGACAUUUUUUGUAAAAAUGUCAUAUCAGGUCACAUAAAUCUGCCUUUAUCAUGUUGCAUAAGUGAAAACUUAUAAAAUUAAAAGCAAUUAUCUUUCA